UACGAAGUGUUCCAUCUACAAGUCGCUGAUAAGACCGGUCGUCCUCUACGGGCACGAGACGUGGACAAUGCUCGAAGAGGACUUACGAGCGCUAAACGUCUUCGAACGUCGAGUGCUAAGGACCAUCUUUGGCGGCGUAUAUGAGAACGACGGAUGGCGGCGGAGAAUGAACCACGAACUUGCACAACUCUACAACGAACCAAGCAUCCGGAAAGUCGCGAAGGCUGGACGGUUGCAGUGGGCGGGUCAUGUUGCAAGGAUGCCGGAACGAGCCGACCACUUGAGCCAACGGAACCAGAAGAUCAAUCCUGCGAAGUUGGUGUUUGUGUCGGAGCCGGUAGGAACAAGACGUAGGGGGGUGCAACGUGCGAGGUGGGUGGACCAAGUGGAGAGCGAUUUAGAAAGUGUGGGUGCGCCGCGAAAUUGGAGAAAUGCAGCCAUGGACCGAGCUUGUUGGCGGAGAAUCGUGCAGCAGGCCAAGCUAAUGGUGUAGCGCCAAUAAAAGUAAAGUAAAAACAUUGCAGCUAAUUUUCACCAGCAAUGACUCGCCACGCCCGGAACUGUACCGCUGGGGCGGUUUACACCUACCACGAGAAGAAAAAGGACGCCGCCUCGUCGGGCUUCGGAACAUCGUCCCGUCGCUUGGGGAAAGAUUCGGUCAAGAGCUUCGACUGCUGCUCGCUAACGCUGCAGCCGUGCCACAAUCCGGUCAUCACUAAGGACGGCUACCUGUUCGACAAGGAAGCCAUUCUGACCUACAUCAUCACCAAGAAGAAGGAACACACCCGGAAGAUGAAGGAGUACGAACGCCAGGUGAAGCAGGACGAGGAGGAACAGAACGAGAAGCUCAACGCAGAGAACAAGAAAAAACUGGACAAAUUCAUCUCCACCGAAAAGAACAUUAUCAGCACCAAGGUGGCCAACCCGGCCGAUGAAAUCCCCAGCACCAGCGGUGCCAUCUCGAACGUGUCGCUCGGAAAGCGCAAGGAACUGCCCAGCUUCUGGGUUCCGUCGCAAACUCCGGCGGCCAAGAUUGCCAGAAUCGAGAAACCGGACGGGAAAAUUUACUGCCCAAUCUCGAACAAGCCGCUCAAGGCGAAGGAUCUGAUUGACGUGAAGUUUACGCUGGUCAAGGAUGCCUCCGACAAGAAGUCACUGAUUGCGAAGGAGAAUCGGUACAUGUGUGCCGUGACGCAUGACAUUCUGAACAACUCGGUUCCGUGUGCGGUGCUGAAGACGACCGGAGACGUGGUCACGAUGGAGUGCGUGGAGAAGCUGAUCAAGAAGGACAUGAUUCAUCCUCUAAGUAAUGAAAAAUUGGAGGAAUCUGACAUAAUUCCAUUGGAACGGGGAGGUACUGGAUUUGCUAUUACAAACGACAACCUGCAAGCUAAGGAAGAACGUCCAGCUCUGCAAUGUUAAAAUAAAAUAUACUUUACCACUAUUUUACAUUUAACUUGAAAUAUAUAAUAAUGUAUGUCAUGUAGACAGUUUAA